CUGGCUGCGAGGGCGGCGGCGGGGCCGCGUCCGUGCCCGCGGUUCCUCGGGAAUCGCAGGGCGAGGGUUUUUCCUAUUCCUGCUCUGGGAUGUGCCGUGAGUAGGCUGCGGGCAGGAGGGUGGGAAUCCGCUCCGGAACGAGAGGAGAAUAAAGCCCUGAGGGUGGGGAGGCCCUCACAGCUGUGGCUGCCCCCGGAUCCCUGGCAGUGUCCAGGGCCAGGCUGGACACCGGGGCUGGGAGCACCUGGGACAGGGGAAGGUGACACUGGAUGGGCUUUAAGCUGCUGUCCCAUCCAAACCUUUCCCUAUUUUUUCCUUUGUGAGAAGGGUAGAACAGUCAGCAUCCCUGACAUUAUUUGAUAUCUUUUCCAAGUCUGUUUCUCUUAGUUACUUUAUGAUUUUACAAUAAAAAAUGUUUUUUAAUGUUUUUAUAAGAAUAAAAUAUUUUUUUAUCUCUGUUGUAGAAACAGCCAGGAAUCCCAGGUAUUGCCAUGGCUGUAAAUGAGGAAAGGGGGGAAUCCUGCAGGUCAGACUCACACUGGCACUUACACACUCACAGCUGGGGAUGCAUUUUAUGCCCUUUAUGCUCAGAAGGUGCAGAGGGGGCUGCACAAAGUGCACAGGGCUGUGCAGCUCCCAGUUUGCACUGGUUUUGUUGUGCUGGGAGCUGGGGAGAGCCCUCCAGCUGCUUUCAAAUCUUCAGCCUGAGGAGGACGACUUGGAUUUUCCCUUCCAGGGGGAUUUGAACCUUCCCUUCCAAGGCAGCAGAGCCACAUCUCUGCACUGCCACCACCUUCCCUUGGGCUCUAGGGACAGACUUUGUUUCCAGGUGUGCUGUGCCAGACUUUGUGGCACUCUGAGCAAUGGGAGGGGAUGGAAACAGCCCCUGGAUUUACUUCCCUGUGCCCCGAGUGUCUGCACAUACCACCAUCCCCAGCUCUCUGGAACCAGCACUCCCAGGCCUGGCUGAAGGUGCAGCUGUUAAUUGCUCCAUUAAACACAGACUGGUGGGAAUGGGGUAAUUUGAUUUUUGGAAGGAGCUAGAGGAACAGUGAGAGCACUGAGAGCAUCAGCCACGCUGCUCCUGGACAAACACAGCUUCCAGUUCAUGCCCCUCUUAAUGCUCAGGGCAUUGACACCUUGCCAAGGCCACAGGUUCAGUUUAGGCUGUGAAUUAGGUCGGGUUUUUACAUUUUAGUCUCUCCAGAGCAGUGCAAAGAUGUCACAUGAGCUCUCCCUUGAGCUGCUUUGUUUUUUUCCAUGCUGGUGGCAAUGUCAGGAGUUCCCACGGUCACCCCGCUCUGGGGCUGAAACCUCUCUGCUCCCCCAGAUGUUUCCACCCUAAAUCACAAGCUUGUUUUGCAGAAGCAGAAAUCGAGGUUGAUUUGCAAAAGAAAAUCUGAGCAGGGCCAGUCUGGGUGGGGAAAUGCUUCGAAGGUGGAGGGGAGAGACCGCAGCGUUCACGGAAAAUAAACUCUUGUGCAGCCUGAGCUGAGGGCAGCCCUGGCCAGCUCUUCCCUGGGGAGCUGCUGGGCUGGAUCCCCUUUGUUCCAGCUCCUCCCCACAGUGGGAAGCUGGGCUGGGAGGCUCUUGGAGCUGAGCUGCUCCACUAAUAGGCAUUUAUCAAAAAAAAAUGGGAAAAAUCAGGUUGUUAUUGCCAGCAUCAAGGAAGUGUCACGGACGCUCUUGCAGAGUGAGAGCUUGUCAUCCUUUGGCUGCUUCCUCCUGUCUUGGAAUCUCUCUGGGGAUGGUUUGGUGCUGAUUGGAUCCUGUGCAGCAAAUCCCUCUCUCCUGCCACAGCCCUGUCCUCUCCUCUCUGCUCCCCGUUGCUGUAUGGAGAAGGUGCUCCAGGCUCUGCAGAGGGGCUUAGGAUUCUUCACAGAAUCGUGGAAUGGUUUGGCUUGGAAAGGACCUUAAAGCCCAUCUCGUUUCACCCCCUGCCUGCCAGGGGACGUUGGAAGGUGUCGCUGCCCAUGGCAGGGGGUGGAGCUGGAUGGGCUUUGAGGUCCCUUCCAACACAAACCAUGCUGGAAGCUGGUUCAUCAUUGCAAUGAGCUGGAUUUUAGGGAUCAGAGGCUGUGCAGGGAAGGGUCUCUGCCUCCUGCAGGUCGUGGCAGGAUCCAGGGAUGCUCAGGCUGCCCAGGAUGUGGCACUCUGAGGCAGGGACAUAAAUAAUACAAAUCGCUUCAGCCCGGCUGUGCUGGCUGGAUGCUGCUCCCCCUGCUCUUCCCCCAGGUGUGCCGGCCCCUCCGCUGCCUCCUCCGGGACCUGUCCCGCUGCAGAUGGGAUGGGAAGAGGGCUGGCUGUCCCCACAGGGCUCUGCACACAGCCUGGGCCACCUGCAGCAGUGACAUCACCCCUGUGUUCACCAGGGCUCCGGCUUUUGGGGACAAAGUGGCCAUCAUUGACCAGAACGGGGAGCACACGUACAGAGACCUGCUCAGCCGCAGCCUCCGCUUAUCCCAGGAGAUCUGCAGGCUCCUGGAGUGCCCCAGCAGGGACCUGAAGGAAGAGAGGAUCUCCUUCCUGUGCCCCAAUGAUGCCUCCUACGUGGUGGCCCAGUGGGCUUCGUGGAUGAGCGGGGCCAUAGCGGUGCCCCUGUACAGGAAACACCCCGUGCCCGAGCUGGAAUACGUGAUCCAGGAUUCCCAGAGCGCCCUGCUCAUCGCAGCUGAGGAAUUCGUGGGGAAAAUAACCCCCAGUGCCAAGAAACUGGGAGUCCCUGUGCUGCCACUUCCCAGGUCUGGUGGUGAUGGAUCCACAAGCCCUGCAGCCACACAGGAGGGGCCCUUGCCAAGCUGUUCCUCGUGGAAGGACAGAGGAGCCAUGAUCAUCUACACCAGCGGGACAACGGGGAGGCCCAAGGGUGUCCUCAGCACCCACCAGAACGUGCAGGCUGUGACCACGGGGCUGGUUGAGAAGUGGGAGUGGAAGAAGGAGGAUGUGAUCCUGCAUGUGCUGCCUCUGCACCACGUCCACGGGGUGGUCAAUAAGCUGCUGUGCCCGCUGUGGGUGGGAGCCACCUGCAUCAUGUUCCCGGAAUUCAACGCUGAGAUGGUGUGGAAGAAGCUCCUGAGCUCCCAAGCUCCCCGUGUCAGUGUGUUCAUGGCAGUGCCCACCAUCUAUGCCAAGCUGAUGGAAUAUUAUGACGAGCAUUUCAGCCAGCCCCAAGUGCAGGAUUUUGUGCAUGCCUUUUGCCAGGACAACAUCAGGUUAAUGGUGUCAGGCUCAGCAGCCCUGCCUGUGCCUGUCUUGGAGAAGUGGAAGAGCAUCACGGGGCACACCUUGCUGGAGAGGUAUGGGAUGACUGAGAUUGGGAUGGCGCUUUCUAACCCUUUGCAUGGAGUCCGUGUCCCAGGUUCCGUGGGCACCCCGCUGCCCGGCGUGGAGGUGCGCAUCGCCAGCGAGACCCUGAGGGAUGGGGCUCGAUCCUACACCAUCCACGCCCAGGGGGAUGAACACAGCACACAGGUGACACCGGGCCUGGAGGGACAAGAGGGGGAGCUGCUGGUGAAGGGCCCCUCGGUGUUCCGCGAGUACUGGAACAGACCCAAGGAAACCGCGGAUGCCUUCACGCCCGACGGAUGGUUCCGAACAGGAGACACAGCAGUGUACAAGGAUGGAGUGUACUGGAUCAGAGGCCGCACCUCCGUGGACAUCAUCAAGAACGGAGGGUUUAAAGUCAGCGCGCUGGAGGUGGAGCGUCACCUCCUCACACACCCCCACAUCACAGACGUGGCGGUGAUCGGGCCCCCGGACAUGGUGUGGGGCCAGCGCGUCAGCGCCGUGGUGAAGCUGCGCAAGGGCGAGAUGCUCUCCGCCAGGGAGCUGAAGGACUGGGCCAGGGACACCAUGGCUCCCUACACCAUCCCGACAGAGCUGAUCGUGGUGGACGAGAUCCCGCGCAACCAGAUGGGCAAAGUCAACAAGAAGGAGCUUCUGAAGCGCUUUUACCCAGCCUAGUGCCCGCCUGGGGGGCUUGGCCCUGACCCACGGCCGCUCUGCCCCUGAGGAGGAGCCACGGGGAUGGUCCUGGGCAGGUCUGGGCUCACUGCAGCCUAGUCCUUGAAUAAUGUCCAAUAAAAUAGGAUUUUUCCUGCCUGGCUGAGCUGAGCCAGAGCUGCAGUUAGGGCUUCCUUGUGUGGGAGCCCUUUAUAGGAAUCACAGAAUUCCAGAAUGUUUUAGGCUGGAAAGGACCUUAAAGCCCAUCAUGUUCCACCCCCUGCCAUGGGCAGGGACACCUUCCACUAUCCCAGGC